AUGUUUCGGAAGAAACAGCAGCAUCCAUCAUCACCAACAAGAAGAAAGAGUGAUCUCCUUAUUGUUUUUUUCAUUGUACUUUUAGUGAUCCAGAGUUGUUGUUGUUCUUUUGGUGUCACCUUAACUCAUAACCUCACCAACACUCAUGGUACCUACUAUAUGGUGUCGUGUCCUCUCGAUCACAGUUUGGUUUACCGAUUCAAAACCACCACAUUCGUAGGAACUCGUGACACCAUUCUUCAUGGUGAUGCUCACACUCCUCGUCGUUAUGAGGGGCAUCCAAAAGCAGGCAAUGCUGAGACUAUACUUUCUGGACAUUUAGUGUUGACUUGUUAUGGGUCUACUUCUUCUUCUAAGGAUAAUAUCAUGUUGGUCUCUUUCAGGAACACCGUGUUUGCUCAAUAUCAAGGCCUGAAUAAGGGAAAAGCUGGCAUGAAGUAUCGAAAGCUCAUUACUCGAAGUGAUUUAACUGAAAGGCUAAACAAGAACCCCAUGCUUGUCAUUCAAUCCAAGAGUGCUCAUAUCCACAAACUCAUCUUUCACAAAUCAGAGAGUCGUUAUGUGAGAGGCAUUAAGAAAGGACUUUUAAGAUUAUUGACAAGUGAGACUCGAAGAAAGGCUCGUCCUCAAACCGAUGGCUUUGGAGGUAAAUAUUUCACAUCCUAUCCUCGAAGAAUGGUCCAAGGAGGAGAGGGAGGAGGAAUCCAUUCUUCAAGAAGAAAAAACUUGUUAAGAAUUACUCAAACCUACGCUCAUCAUGACUUUUCAGUAAUACCUUUGGACAAGAGACAAAUCCACUAUGAAGGUAAACAUGUGGCCUUUGUGAAUGUCAAGAAACAGGUCAUUCAGAAGGGUGCCAUGAGUGUUCAGAUGGAAUUUGGUGUACGAAAGCAUCCUCAUGUGGCCUUCAAAAAGUUGGAACAGUUGACCAAAAAGAGAUUGUAUCAACAAGAACAACAAGAACAACGAGAUCCACAAACCUCUUUUUUGACUCGUGAUUCAGCAACACCAUCAGCAGAUCUUGAAACUUUUUACUUUGGAAGUAUCAAGUUGGAAAGAAUUCAACGUACUGAAACAUCGUUUCAACCACAAGGCAGAGGUUUAGACGAAAUGGUUCAAAAUUUAAGACAAUUCGGAAAAGAGUCAUCAUUAGGCAAUGAGUUUGAAUUUGAAAAUACCUUUUCUGUCACCAAGCAUGACAAGAGAGAAAUGAAAAGAUUACAACGUAAGAGUUUCUCCUCAAGAACCUUCAAGAACAUGUUGAAAAGUAUCAAGGAAAUGCCUGCAUCCUUCUCUGUGGACAUGAACAAGAAGCUUGAUGAAUUAGCCAAAUAUGGUCAAAAGCAUGCAGUGAAGGCAGGUCGUCUAUUGCCCUCUGAAAUCAAGAAAGGAGUGUCUGAGAUGAAUCAAUCAUCCUCUCGUAUCGGAUCAAAGAGAAACAAGUUGAAAAGUUGUUACUUGGAAAGUCUUCAAAACUUGGUGGCAUCGAUCAAAUCAAGUACCAUUCAGGAUCGUUUAGUUUCUCUCUCAUCGUCUCAUCCAAUGCUUGCCAAUAACUAUAUUUAUGCUUCUAUUGUGAUUCCAUUCCCAACAAGAAGUGUCUAUUCAUUCCUCAAAUCUCUCAAGAAUCGAGGUAUUAAGAAAUCAAAGGAAGAUCAAGUCAAAAUGAAUGCAUUCAUGGCUUUUGCGGAUUUAGCAUCUCGUCUCAAGGAUAAAAAGCUCCAAACAGAAAUCGUCAAGGAGAUUUUGUCGAGAACUUCAUCUUCCAAAACUGUGACUGAACUGGAAACCUAUGUUCAUGCUCUCAACAAUGCAGGAUCAGCGGUGGAUCCAAGAAUUUUGUUUGCCUUCUUCCACGACAAAAGUAUUGCUGACUCAAUCAAAAUUCUACUCGCUAGAAACCUUGAAAAGAGGUUAAAGGAUGAUCCCAAUGUGGACCAGUUGGUGAAUGCAAUUCUAGAAUCAAGAAUUGGAAACAUCUCGCCACGUGUGAAAGCAUCUGUCAUCAAUGCCCAAGCUGUCAGAGAGAAACAUUUAAGAUCAGGUGCCUCUGUGGUUCAUGCAUCUCGAUUGCAUCGUCGUACCAGGAAUGAAGAGCUACGAUCUUCGAUCAAGAACUAUCUCUACACAGUUGGUAAUGAGAAGGCAGGAAGAGAGUUAGCCAAAGCCAUGAAAAUGACCAAAAAGAGAAAGCAUAAAAAGAGAUACCAGUCAACGUUAUUGUCAUUGGAUGACAUGCAACUAUUGGAGGAUGCACAAAAUGUUCUUGGAAGAAGAGGUUCAAGUCGUUCAAGAGCUCUCUUACGUAAGAACGGUGUCACAUCAAGAGGUAAAAAAGCUAAUCCAAGAAAAGGAAUUUCCAAAUUGAGAGCUCAAAGAGCACCAUCAUCCAGAGGUAGAAAGAGAAGAAUUGGAAGUAAGAUUGGGAAUGCCUUCAAGAAGGUUGGUCAAAAACUUGGUAAUGCUGCCAAGGCAGUCGGCAAAGGUUUGAAGAAGGCUGCAAAUUGGGUCAAAGAAAAGGCACUGUCAGCCAUCCAUGCUGUCAAACGUCUUGUGGAUCGUUUGAAAGAAAAAUUUGGACAAGCCAAAUUCGAAAAUCAACAAGCAUGUUUACCAGCAAGUGCCAUGGCAGGAGAUCAAAUUUGCUUGUUCAAUUCACACAUGAUUGACUUUGUUAAAAGACAAGGUGAUUUAUCAACCAUUCAAAGAGCAAAACACUUUUCAUUUGAGAAAUUGGUAGGAAGUAAUUCCAUCAAUCUCUAUUGUGGAGCUCUCUUCUACUCGGGAGCAUCCUUUGUUUGCAAUCAAGAGCAACGAUAUUUUGAUUUUGUUCUCAUGGGAAGAGUCGAUGUGGAAGCAAAUGUUUUCAAGAAGAAGGUCGUCCUGUUGGAAAUUAGUGCAGAAUUGGCAAAGAGACCGCAACAAUUAGUGAAUGACAAGAUAUUCCUCAAAGUAUUCCAAACCACAUUCCUCAACACUCAUGUAUUGCCUGAAAAGAUUCGUCAAAUGAUGGAUGUGUGUAUGAGUGAUUCAAAACCAUUGUUUGAGAAGAAUUUUCCAAAACUUGUGGACAUUGAACGAGGAUUUCAAAUUGGUCCUGUACCAAAACCUGCCAUCACGAAUUGGGUGUGUCACCAUUAUGAAGAUCUUUGUCUGUCCCUCGGAGGAACUCCAAAUAUUCAACAUCCCAAGCAUGGUAAAGCUAUGCGAAUUAAGAUAAAUGUCAAUGUUGAUAGAAAGAGAAAUCAGACACUAUAA